AUGGCAGUUGGCCUGCUUGAUCUCCCCAACGAGCUGCUCGGCCACAUAUGCAGUUACGCCAUGAUGUACCAACAUGGCCUCCGCAACGAAGCAAAUAUCCCUUUAAGAUGCUUGAUCUCAGACCAUCUGUCGAACAAGCUUCGCAUCCUGCUUCGGCCGAUGCGCUCAUGCCGUCGACUCUACACGAUCGCGCGCCAACAGUUCCUAGAAGUGAACGUGGUAGCGCUCGAUCUCAACAACCUCCGCAUGAGCGCGUGUCGUCUCGAACACCAACCAACCGUCGGCCAGAUCUUGUACACGGGCAAUCCGGAUCCGCUCCUCGCACGCUUGGUGCACGUGCAGGUGACGAUCCCACUCCUCGACGCCCCCUUGCAGAAGACUGUGGCCAUGGAGGCUGCAAACCUUAUGGAGCUGGUCACCCUGUGCAGGACGCUGAAGUCACUGCACGUGAUCUUGAAGGUCGACAGCUGGAGGUCUCAGGGGACGGACGAGGAUCGACAUGGUUCGUCGCAACGGCAAGUCGGCCAUGUCGACAGGAGGUUUAAAAAACAUGCGCUGGCAAUUCUGGGAAUCUUGCGUGACCUUCCUGUUCGCAUUGCUACAGUUGCAUUUCAAGAGUGGAUCUUUGAUGCCUCUGUGCUCGACGCGAGGUAUCUGGAGCCCGAAUCUGUUGUGGACGUCUUGUUUGAUCCACAACCUCUCUACGGCGGCGACACAAGCUGCUUGCGUCAGACAGUGAGAAUUGCGACCGCCCCAAAACUUUUGGACAUGCCUGAGCGGCGGAUAAAGCUAUCAUGGGGUGCUUCGGAUGAUGUAGCCAAAGACUUUCUUGCUCAACGAACAUGA